UAACUAUACGUUCCACCGGAGUUCAAAAAAGAAAAUUGUAACAAUGUAUUUUAUUAUAAUAAUAAGAUAAUGACAAAGUCGGAAUUCAUUUAAUAUUAUUAAUUUUCUUUGACGGCACGUAUAUGCUGUACAAGGAAGAGAAACUGUUUAAGUCUGUUGAUAAAUUUAGUGCUAUAUGUACAGUUACUUUAUUUGAUAUUUUAUAUAAUUUUGCUUAUUAUCACAUUCUAAAAGAUAAAAUGUUUUUAGAUACAAUUUGGAAUAAUCGGUCAACCGAACCGGUUUGGUUUAGAUUAAUUCGAGGUUUUUUUGCUAUUACUCUCACCGGAAUAAUCAUAUAUUAUGCAAUCGUUCAAUAUCAAAAAAUCGGCACCGAGGCUUCUAUUGCUGUUAAAUUUGAACGAAUUAAUGGAUAUAAACUUAACAUGAGUAUAUGUACCGGAAUUUCCAACGGGAUUAAUAACGUUAAAUUUAGUGUGUUCUCUGAAUAUGAUUAUGGAGUACUGACGUUAACCAACGAUACAGUAAACCAUCAGAAUGUUAGCUUUAGUAGUUUUGGACUUUCUAAUUUUCAUUCUUGGCUAAAUAUUACUACUAAUAUUAAUAAUAAUAUUAAUAAUGAAACCAUAUCUCACGAUUUUAGUGAUCCUUAUUGUAACCCUUAUACUAUUCCUAAUAAUUUAUUAUCUUUAAAUUUUGAAUCAUUUCAAUAUUUAUUUUCUAGCAAAUCUGAUCUAGAUUAUUCUAAUUAUAAUAUAAUAGAUACAUCACAUUUUUCACUUUAUCUAGGAAGAGCUUAUUUUAUACAUCAUAAACCGACCAUGGUUGAUUAUAAUGGUGUUGAAUUAAAUUUACAAUUAGAACAACUACCCAUACAAUUGGAAUCCAAUGAAGUUCGUCUUAGAAUUUCUCCAGAUAUACUACUUUCAAAACCGGCUAAUGCUAGAUUUGUUAGAUUUGAAUCAACAAGAAUAUUUGGUUUCACAGAUUUAAUAUCUAAUCUUGGAGGUUUCUAUGGUGCUAUAGCCGGACUCUUUUAUUUAUUUUUUGGAAUGCAAAGACUUGAACCAUGGGGUUUGGCACAAAAAUAUCUUUUUUCUUGCACGCACUGCAGAAAAAGCUUAAAGAGAAAUUUUGCAAGGAAAUAUGUUUCGUCUGCCGGUAUUCCAUUAGUUGAAAAAGUUGAUAAAAGACCUGAAGGAUCAUCUUUAGAGCAAAGAGUUCAAAUAUUAGAAACUUUAUUACGAGAUUAUUAUUUAGAUGAUUAUUAUUUAAAGAAAGUUAAAUAUGUUAGGGUUAAUCAUAAAAGAUUUCUUAAAAAAUACGAAGAAAUUAACAGACAAGAUAAUGAAGACACAGAAAAUACAGAAAGUACAGAACUUGACGCUUCUUUAGUUUAAUGAAUGUUCAAUUUUAGUUUAAAUUCUUUAUAUCACUAUUUAUAUUGUUAUUUAUUUUAUGAAAAGAAUUCCCGGCCCAAAAUGUUUGGGUGUGUCAGAUAAUGUCAGACAAUUCCAAAAAGUAUAUAAUAAAUAUAAAUGAAUGUUUUUAUCUUUUAGAAAGUGCUUCGAUACCAUAGUAUAAUGUAGAAUUACUUAUUGGACAAUUGAACAAUU